UCGCGCCGCGCCCGCCCGCCGCUCCGCUCCCGUCCGUUCCGCACCGCUCCCCGCGGGAGACUGUUCGGGUCCGGCGCGGAGCCGCCCCUCUCCAGCCAUGACUUAGCGACCGGCCGGCCCGAAAAUGAGUUUCUCCGCGGAGGACAGCGUGGGCAGCCUCUGCCACAAAGCGCUUCAAAUAAUCUCCGAGCUGUGCCUGGGCGGGCAGGUGGAGCGGGAGAAGUGCGCCGGCAUCUUCCCACUGGAGACCGCCCGACAGGGCAUCGGCGGCACAGACAUCUCAGUCAGUUUGUUAGCAGUAGUCGUCAGCUUCUGUGGGCUCGCCUUGCUGGUAGUCUCACUUUUUGUCUUUUGGAAAUUGUGCUGGCCCUGCUGGAGAAGCAAACCUCUCACUUCCAAUGCCAAUAAUGUCCCGCAGAGCACUUCCAGUGCUCCUACAGAGGUUUUGGAGACCAGUGAGAAAAAGGAAGUUAAAGAAAAUGGGAAACCUACAACAAAGGUACUUGAAGCUGCAUUGAAAAUUAGCCACACUUCACCCGAUAUACCAGCAGAGGUCCAGAACGCACUGAAAGAACAUCUGAUCAGACAUGCACGCAUGCAGAGACAGAUCACAGAGCCCACGUCAUCAUCAAGGCACAAUUCUUUCAGGAGGCACUUGCCAAGGCAGAUGCAAGUGUCCAGUGUUGAUUUUAACAUGGGGACAGAUCCAAUUUUACAAAGGGGAGAGACAACAACCAGCAUUGGGAGAAUAAAACCAGAACUCUACAAACAGAAGUCUGUGGAUUCCGAUGGGCAACAAGAAGAUGUGAAAACAUGUGGAAAACUUAAUUUCACUCUCCGGUAUGAUUAUGAGAACGAACUUUUGGCUGUCACAAUUGUCAAAGCCUUAGAUCUGCCUGCUAAAGACUUCACAGGAACAUCUGACCCCUACGUUAAGAUUUAUCUGCUUCCAGAUAGGAAAAAGAAGUUUCAGACACGAGUUCACAGAAAGACAUUAAAUCCUGUCUUUGAUGAAACCUUUCAGUUUCCUGUAGCCUAUGAUCAACUCAGCAACAGAAAAUUGCAUUUCAGUGUUUAUGAUUUUGACAGAUUUUCUAGACAUGACAUGAUUGGGGAAGUAAUUCUUGAUAACCUUUUUGAAGCCUCAGAUCUCUCCAGGGAAGCCAAUGUAUGGAAAGACAUCCACUGUGCAACCACCGAAAGCAUAGAUUUGGGUGAGAUCAUGUUUUCCCUUUGUUAUUUGCCUACUGCGGGGAGAAUGACAUUAACAGUCAUCAAAUGCAGAAAUCUCAAAGCAAUGGAUAUAACUGGUGCAUCAGAUCCAUAUGUCAAAGUGUCACUGAUGUGUGAGGGUCGAAGACUGAAAAAGCGGAAAACAACCACAAAGAAGAAUACACUCAAUCCCGUUUAUAACGAGGCCAUCAUCUUUGAUAUCCCUCCAGAGAAUGUGGACCAGGUCAGCCUCUCAAUUGCAGUGAUGGAUUACGAUCGCGUAGGGCACAAUGAGGUCAUUGGAGUAUGCCGGACAGGAAUAGAUGCUGAAGGGCUUGGAAGAGAUCACUGGAAUGAAAUGUUGGCUUACCCACGUAAACCAAUAACUCACUGGCAUCCUUUGGUAGAGUUACCUGGCCGAGCAACCAGUUUUGAUAGCCAGGGAUCUUGUUCAUCACCAAAACCACCACUUACACCUUAGGGAACAAGAGCGGAUUCAUCAGGUUCAGUAUCCAGUGCUCGCAUGUAACUCACAUCUACAUAAACAGGUUUGGAUUCCACAGAUGAACUGCAUCCAUAUUUUUGUAUUAAAAUGCAUUUUUUCCUAUUCUAAGUCCUAUAUUACAGUUUAUAAUAAUUUCUUACCGUAUGAAUGAAGUUGACUUGAGCCAAAUAUAAUCCUUUCUCAAAAAAUUCACUCACCUGUUUUUUCUCUGGUACAUACCCAGUAUCAGAUCCAAUAUAUUUGAAUAGAUAUAGAAAUCGAAAAGAACACUCCCUAAAGCAAUUCAAAACCACUGCAGAUUUGGAUGCUUAAUUCUUCUGAGAGAGAGCAAAUAGUCAUAUAUGGCUCUUGUAAAUCUCAUCUAAAUUGAACUAAAUUUUAUAUGGCUUCUCAAAAUAACACUUCAAGCUGAACACUGCAUGAAAAAGAAAGAAAUAAAGAAAGAAAGGAAGUGAGAGAGAAAUAGAGAAGGAGAUAGAAACAAAGAAAUAAUAAGAAGCAGAAGAAGAAGAAGCAGAAGAAGGAGAAGAAGAAAAAGAAG